AAAAAAAGCUAGUGACAAACCCAGGGAGAGAGCUCUGGGCUUGAGAGAGAGAGAGAGAGAGAGAGAGAGAGAGACUUAAAAGAAAUAGGAGGGGCUUGCGAGAGACUAGAAAUGUCAAUCAGAGCCCGGAGUCCCAAUAAUCUCAGGCAAUCUGUUAGGACCUGACCUAGGUCCACUCAGAUCAAUAGGAAAAGUGAGAGAAGAAAGAAGCGAUCGGAUCGUUUACAGCAGCGGGCAGAGAGAGGAGGAAGCCCACGGCCUUUUGAACACCCCUCUCUUCCCCUCCCCCCCACCCUGGUCUGCAAGAGUUUGCGGAAGGCACUGAAAAGUGCAGACAGCCAGAAAGGGCGAGCAAGCCAGCUCCCUCCUCUCCUGCAGCCCUUCUACUUUCUCUCCUUUCUCUCUCUCCUUUUCUCUUCCCCCCUCUCCUCCUUUCCCCCCUCCCCUGCCCCCCUCUCCCCACCAUGUCUUUCCCCCAGCUGGGCUACCAGUAUAUCAGGCCGAUUUACCCCUCUGAUCGGCAGGGGAGCGGCGGCUCCCGAAGCGGGACGGAGCUCACCCCGUCCGGGGCGCUCUCUAACGUGCUCUCCUCCAUGUACGGAGCGCCCUACGCGGCGGCGGCGGCAGCUCAAGGAUACGGGGCUUUCCUGCCUUACACCGCCGAGCUCCCCAUCUUCCCGCAGCUGGGCGCCCAGUACGAGCUGAAGGACGGCCCGGGAGUGCAGCACCCCGCCUUCCCGCACCACCACCCCGCCUUCUACCCCUACGGGCAGUACCAGUUCGGGGACCCGUCGCGGCCCAAGAACGCCACCCGCGAGAGCACCAGCACGCUCAAGGCCUGGCUUAACGAGCACCGCAAGAACCCCUACCCCACCAAGGGCGAGAAGAUCAUGCUGGCCAUCAUCACCAAGAUGACCCUCACGCAGGUCUCCACCUGGUUCGCCAACGCCCGGAGGCGGCUCAAAAAGGAGAAUAAAAUGACCUGGGCCCCCCGCAGCCGUACGGACGAGGAGGGCAACUCCUACGGCAGCGACCACGAGGGGGAAGAGGACAAGCGGGAGGACGAGGAGGAGAUCGACCUGGAGAACAUCGACACCGAGAACAUCGAGAGCCACAAGGACGAGCUGGAGGACGAGCUGCAGGACGCCGACCUGCUGCACUCAGACGCCAAGACGGACUCCGAGGGCUCCGACGGCUUCGAGGACCUGCCCGGCGCGGACGAGCGCUUCCUCAAGGCCCAGCCCGGCCUGGCUAGACAGAUACCCGCCUGCUGGCUCCCUGCACCCGACGGGCUUUGCCAGGGGAGAGGCUUUUCUGCUUGCUUUUUUGUUAGCUCGGCGGCAGGGCCCAGGCCCGGGCAGGGCUGGCUCUGGCUGCGCGAUCGAUCUAGUGCCUUGGAAGUAGAGAAAAAGUUAAUAAAGACAGCUUUCCAGCCAGUUCAGAGGCGGCCCCAGAACCAACUUGAUGCAGCUAUGGUUCUAUCCGCGUUGUCAUCAUCAUAGUUAAUUUUUUUAUUGUUGUUGUAAUGAUUGUAAAAAAAUCUGUAUAGUUACAACUUGUAAGCAUGUCCGUAUAUUAAAAUUAAAAAAAAAGAAAGAAAAGAAAAGAAACCGCUUCUGUACUCUCCUCUGAAUUAGCUGAGUGUGUGAGGUUUUUUUUUUUUUUUUUUUUUUUUUGGAAGUCCAGUGAGAAUUAGGUGUCUCGAAUUUUUUUUUUGUAUAUACAGUAAAAAAUGUACAUAUGUGUGAACCAAAUUGUACAAGAAAGUAUAUAUUUUUGGCUAAUAAAUAAACUGUUGCCACUUUGACUACAC